AUGGCGUGGGUCUUGAAAGUGUGCGGUGGUGCCAUUUCUAGGCAUUUUUCCCCCGUCACCCUCCAUCAUCAUAAACAGGCCGGCCCGGCCAUCACGAAGAGAGUGAAUGACAUCGCAACGAGCGAUUGCAUUUUACAACAAGCCAGAGCCCUCAGAAGUCAAGGUGUAGGUAGGGGAGGAUUGCCCGAGACGAUGCCGCCGAAAGGAAAGGAGGCCAAGCCGGACAGCUUGAUUAGCAAAGAAGACGGCCUCAGAUACUGGCAGAAUGCCACCGCCGACGUCGACGGCAUGCUCGGCGGCGUGCCCUCCCUCUUCAGCCCCAUCUCGCGCGUCGACCUCCAAGGCUCGCGGACCUUUCUCGCCCGUCUCGGCAUCGGCACCAGCCAAGGCCGUCAAAAGGUGACCAACUGCGUCGAAGGAGGCGCCGGCAUCGGCAGAGUCACCCAAGGUCUGCUCGCCAACGUCGCCGCCAACAUUGACAUUGUCGAGCCCGUCGGCAAGUUCACCGCGCAGCUGCGCGGCAAGCCCGGCGUGCGGCGCAUCUUCAACGUCGGCCUCGAGGAGUGGGCGCCCGCCGCCGACGCGCCGGCCUACGACCUCGUCUGGACGCAGUGGUGCCUCGGCCACCUGACGGACGCGCAGCUGGUGCAAUACCUGCGGCGGUGCAAGGAGGCGCUGGUGCCGGAGACGGGCGUCAUUGUCAUCAAGGAGAACCUGAGCACGAGCGGCGAGGACGUGUUUGAUCCGGUGGAUAGCUGCGUCACCAGACAGGAAGAGACGUGGAAAAGGCUGUUCGAGGAGGCUGGGCUGAGGAUCGUCAGACAUGAACCUCAACGGGGCCUGCCAGAGACGGGCGCCCACCGACUACUACCAGUCAUGAUGUAUGCGUUGAAACCAUAA